AUGGACUCCCCCAAGAUCUCCGAAAAUGAAGAUGUUGGGCAUCUGAUCACACCCCAGGAAGCCUGCAACCGCAUAGCAGAGGUAGUCCAAGAGGCUGUGAGAAAGAUGGAGCUCGUUGCUGAAGAGAAGAUGCGACUUUACAAGAAGGCCCGUCUUGCCGUAGAGGCCUGUGACCGAGAGCUGGAGGAGAAGGUUAGGGAAGCCCAGGAGCUGAAGGCGGCGCGUCUGCGCAAGAAGCAGCAGGUGGAGGAGCUGGAGAGCAUCGUGCGGCUGAAGCAGGCGGAAGCGGAGAUGUUCCAGCUGAAGGCGAACGAGGCCCGGCAGGAGGCGGAGCGGCUGCAGAGCAUCGCGCUCACCAAGUCCAAGACAGCCGACCAGGACUACGCCAGCAUGUACCUGAAGUGGCGCCUGGAGGAGGCGGAGGCAGAGAAGCAGUCCCUUUUCGAGAAGAUCAAGCUGCAGGACAACCAGAGGCCAGCCGUGGGUGUAGGCAGCAGCAGCGGUGCUGGAGGGGACUCUGCGCAGACGAUGAUGCUAUCCAAGAUUCAGGACCUGCUCAAGAAUGUCCGCAGCAUGCCAGCGAAGUCUGAGGGUCACUAA